UUUGCUGCGGCAGUUAUCUGGAAAAUACGGCUCUCGGUCCCCGAGCCGCCAGCCUCCCAAGCCCGGGUACGCGACCGCGGAGAGACUCCGCGCACUCGCGCGCAGGCGCUCCUCUUCCGCUUCGUUCCGCGACUGUGCUGAGCUGCCAGGCUCCCUGGUGUCCCCGAGUGGUUCCCCCAAGCGUCUUCUCCCUGUCUGUCCGGGACUCAGGGUCGCCACUGCCCCUUCUCCGGGCCCUCCCCAGCCCCUGCCCAGGCCGAGCCAGGCGCGGCCCCUACCCUCUGACCCCGCGUUGCACAAUGCCCGACCAAAGUCCCAGGGCGUGUGAAGCCCAGCGUCCCUGCCCCUGGGCGGGGACGGGCGGCGGCCGCACGGGGAGCCGAGGCGGAGAGGCGGCCGGCUCAGUGCGUCGGCCGCAGCCUGGCGAGUGCCCCGCGAGCUGCCGCCGCAGACCCCCCGCGCCGCUCGGCCCCGCCGCUCCCCUCGCAGGCCGCCGCCGCCGCCGCCGCAGCCAUGGCGGAAGUUCACAGACGUCAGCAGGCCCGGGUUAAAGGAAAAGCCCCCGCGAAAUCCUCCACACACAGACAUGAGGAGGAGCUGGGGAUGGCGUCGGCCGAAACGCUGACCGUGUUCCUGAAGCUGCUGGCCGCGGGCUUUUACGGCGUGAGCUCCUUCCUGAUCGUGGUGGUCAACAAGAGCGUGCUCACCAACUACAGAUUUCCCUCCUCACUGUGUGUUGGACUUGGCCAGAUGGUGGCCACAGUGGCAGUCCUCUGGGUGGGAAAGGCACUCAGAGUGGUCAAAUUCCCUGACUUUGACAGAAAUGUACCUCGAAAGACGUUUCCACUACCUCUACUAUAUUUUGGGAACCAAAUCACGGGACUGUUCAGCACAAAGAAACUGAACUUGCCAAUGUUUACAGUUCUGAGAAGGUUCUCUAUCCUGUUUACAAUGUUUGCUGAAGGAGUUUUACUCAAGAAGACUUUUUCUUGGGGUAUUAAGAUGACUGUAUUUGCAAUGAUUAUUGGAGCCUUUGUAGCUGCCAGCUCUGACUUGGCAUUUGAUCUGGAAGGAUAUGUUUUUAUUCUGAUAAAUGAUGUCCUGACAGCAGCAAAUGGUGCCUACGUAAAACAAAAAUUAGAUUCAAAAGAGCUGGGAAAAUAUGGUCUGCUCUAUUACAACGCACUGUUCAUGAUUCUCCCCACCCUCGCCAUUGCGUAUUUCACGGGAGACGCGCAAAAGGCAAUGGAUUUCGAAGGCUGGGCUGACACCCUCUUUCUUGUGCAGUUCACCCUCUCCUGUGUGAUGGGAUUUAUCUUGAUGUAUGCCACAGUGCUCUGCACUCAAUAUAAUUCUGCUCUUACAACUACAAUAGUUGGCUGUAUUAAGAAUAUAUUAAUAACUUAUAUUGGAAUGGUCUUUGGUGGAGAUUAUAUUUUCACAUGGACAAACUUCAUUGGCUUAAAUAUCAGCAUUGCUGGGAGCCUGGUGUAUUCCUACAUCACUUUCUCUGAAGAGCAGCUGAGCAAACAGUCAGAGGCCAGUAACAAGCUGGACAUAAAGGGGAAAGGAGCAGUAUGACCAGAGGAUUGCAUCAACGACAUAGGCCCAAGUUUUUGAUCAACUCAGAACACUGGCAGUUCUUAACACAGAUACUGAGGUGUCUUGAUUAUGGAGAAAAUACCAUUCCUUUGCACUUGUACAAUCUGAGGAUUGACUGCUGCCUUUUAAAAUUUUAUGAGAGAAACUUAUAAUUGACUCUUUUAAAUAUGCCAUUUGAAUUAAUUUAUAUCAAACUGGAAAA